CAAAGUCCACUCUGGAGUGCUGCAUAAACAAAUCUAUGACAGAGUGAUUAAGGGUGAGGAGGACAACUCCAAACUCAGAUUAUUCGACGCGUGCUGCCAGUGUCUUUAGACACAAGUGAGUUCAUGGCAGUUGACAAUGGGACAUGCUUGGUGGACAGCCAGCCUGCAAACACCCAAGCUCCAACACAAGGUGGACCCCUGCAGACCACCGUGGUCCAUAGAGGCAUGGACGCAGAGGUCUUGGGCUGGAUUCUGAGUGUCGGAUCCAUGCUGAUCAUCGCCACCAACUUGCUGGUGGCCGCCGCCCUCCUCCUGCUCAUUCGCAAGAAGGGCAGCCAGAGCUGGUGCUUCGUGUUGAACCUGGCCCUGGCUGACGCCCUGGUGGGCUUGGCCAUCACCGGCAUAGCCUCCGUGGUGAUCAACGCCGACACCUCCCCGACCAACAAGACCAGGUGCCUGCUACGCAUGGCCUUCGUCACCUCCACCUCGGCGGCCUCCAUCCUCACCAUGUUCCUCAUCUCCCUGGACCGCUACGUCGCCAUCAAGCUGCCACUGCGCUACUCCCAGCUGACGGGCCCUCGGAUGACGGCCGUCGCCCUGGCGGUGCUCUGGCUGCUGUCCUUCACCGUGGGCUUCCUGCCCGGGAUGGUGCAGCAGAUGCAGCAGAAUCACUACCAAGGCUUCUGCACCUUCUUCUCCGUCAUCCAGCCCAAGAGCAUCAUCAUCAUCUUCUGCAUCUGCUUCUUCCCCGUCCUCUCCAUCUUCGUCUACUUCUACCUGGACAUCCUCAAGAUCGCCUGCGGCCACCAGCACCAGAUCUGCCAGGCCAGGCUCGCCGGCUCCCGCGUGCCCCAGCCCAACCGGUACGGCGGUCAUGUCAAGGCCUUGAGGACCGUGGCUCUGCUGGUGGGCUGCUUCACCCUCUCCUGGUGCCCCUUUUUCAUUGCCAGCACUGUGCAGGUUCUGUGCCAGUCCUGCCACCUGUACCACAUCAUUGAGAAUGACCUGUGGCUCCUGGGGCUGUCCAACUCCCUGUUCAACCCUCUGGUGUACGCGUGCUGGCAGAGGGAAGUGCGGCAGGAGCUGUGCAACCUCUUUGCCUGCAUGAAGAGCAGGUUCUCAAACUCAGCCCCCCGCGCCAGCCUCAGGGGACGCCACACGGAGCACACUGUACAUACUGACAACCCAGAACAGGGUUACUGCCGUUCUGCUUCAUUGCCCCAGCUUAUAGGCGGAGCGCAUCAUACCAACACACCACUAACUGCCUCAGCAUCAUUGUGAAAUGCGUGUAAGAUAUGGCAGUUUUAGGCUGCGUUAGACACUAGUGCUAUUUCAGACACACAAUGCAGUGAACUUCUAUUUAUUAAUUUUUUUUCAGGUGAAAAUGGGUUCUGGGGGAGUGGAUGGUUUCCCACGUUGCACUUUGGUCUGUGAACUAAAACAGCUAAACAGGGAAAGCUUGACCCGGAUAAUGGCUUCAGAGCUUUUAGACUUUGCUCCCAGUCCAUUUUCCCAUUUAAUGGACCAGAUGGUUUUGUUUGCUUUUUUUUGCUCUGCUUCUUUCAGCUGCCUAAUUGAUAUAAUC